CCUCACCAGCCGACCCCCCCCCUACUCCAGAGGAACAACGCCUGCUCUUCUCCUCGAGGAGGCGGGAAGGACGGCGACGUCUGACAGCCCACCGGAGACGCGUGUCGCGGGCUGACGGGAGGAGGAGAAGCCAUUGGUGGGGAGGACGGGAGAGGAGAAGCUUUAAAAACGAGACGCCGGACAGCGGGCGGUCAUUGGAUCUGGAGGGGGGCGAGACUCCACAACACAACCGGGUUUAGAUGGACGGGGUUUCUGGUGGAGACGAGACGUGUCGAGGCUGGCUGUCCUACACAAUGAAAUGAAAUGCAUCGAAAGGUACAUGAGUUUCGGGAAGAAGACAGAGGGGAAUGAGAACAACGAUUUCAUUGGGCAUACUUUCCACUCCGCGCUGAAGAAAUAGAUGAUAAACGCCGGGGAAGACAAACUUUUCUGUGAAGCCUACAGAAUCUCCUACAUCCAGUCCUGCAUCCUGUUAUUCCACGAUCGCAUUGGUUUUCCAACAGUCCUUCGCUGAAUACGCUUUGUGAGCGCAAAUCGUCUCCAUUUGGAGACAUCAGCAGGAGAUAUUCCUGCAGGAGUAGGCGCUGCGGGAAAGGACGGGACUCAGUCCACUGGUGUACUACCCAUUCGGGCUAUUGCAAGAAGCUUCGGAAUAAACACCGGUGGGAAGGGACGUGAGCGUUGAAAGCUGAAAGACAUUCAACAAAAGCAGGGGAAGUCUUUCUGCAGCCUUUUCCGAAUACCAGGUUUGCCUAGGUCUUAAUUUAUUUUGCAAAAUAAGGGUGGUGAAGUUGUUAAUUCUGAAUGCUGCAAACCUUGUGAAAUAUCCGAUGUAUGAUAGACUAUUAUUCAAUUAUGGAUAAGAGCUGUUCUAAACGCCAUUUUUAAACAAAUAUCUGCCUAUCUUUGAUUAUAAUUGCAUCACAUGGCACAUCGAGUCAAAGGAAAUCAAUGCUGAUUGCCAAAAGAAUUGCGGCAGUAACAAAGCUGACAUAACCCUUUAAUCCGGCAAAUGUCAUAUUCAUGUGUAGUAGCUGUCAUUUCCCUAGUGUGUUGCCAAUAAUUGGGACAAAGCUCCAACAGUGGAGGUCUGAGUUUAAACUGAAGCAGACAAGUAGGCCAGUGGGUGAACCAACAGACUCAAUUGCGUCAAAACAGUGGGAGUAAAUGGAAUGCAUGGAUGGACCACCCAGGAAAUACAUUUUUGCAUUUAGACUAGUUUAGACUAGCUUGGCUGUGGUCCUGGCAAUCAUACCUUUAAAACCACAUCGUGUGGCCUAGUAUCCUGUGGAUCCCUACAUUGCCUUUGUACUCUUCGCCUUGCCCCCUCAAAUAUCCGGUUACACCUUUCCGCAUAGUGUGGAUCUUCGAUUCUAGCAAACAAACCAACCGAAUUGCAACAUGGCGUCCCCCCAACAUCAGCAACUGAUCCCCCACAACACAGAAGCUAGCUGUGACUCCAGCGGGGAAGGCAGCGUCUCCGUGAGGAUCAGCAGCAGUGGGAAACACAAGCAUGGAGCCGGGCCCCUAGGGGCCAUAGGAGGCGGCUUCAUAGGGGGGUCCAAGCACUGCAAGUACAGCAUCUCGUCCAGCUGCAGCUCGGGGGAAUCCGGGGCCAAGAGAGCCGCGGUCAAGAACUUCCGCUCCCACAGGAACAUUCCUCAGCUCUUCGAGAGGUCCGCCGGCCACUUCUGGGACCCCAAGUUCGACUCGUCCAUCCUGGAGGAGGCGUGCCGCGAGAGGUGCUUCCCCCAGACGCGCCGACGCUUCCGCUACGUGCUCUUCUACCUGGCGGCGGCCAGCGUCCUCUGGGGACUGUACUUUGCCGUCAACCCUUCCCGCUGCGACCGGAAGGCCUUCCUCCUGCCCGCCGCGGCCUUCCUCCUCUUCUGCCUUCUCCUCUUCCUGUUGACCUUCACUCGGUUCUACGGCCGCUUCUACAACCAGGUGUCCCUGCUGCUCAUCCUGGCCACCUUCUCCCUCACGCUGGCUCCCCAGAUCCGCACGUCGGGCUUCCGGGACUUUGAGCGUUCGCCCGUGGAGUCAGACGAGGGAGACUUCAGCGGCAUGGGGGCUGAUUAUUAUAACGUCUCCCUCGGGAAGAACGCAACGCAGUGCUCGUCAGCCCCGUGCAUCUCGCCCGUGGGGACCUUCUCCCUGUGCAUGGAGGUGCUGCUGUUGCUGUACAGCGUUCUCCACAUCCGCCUCUACGCCUCGGUCCUGCUCGGGCUGCUCUACUCGCUCAUCUUCGAGGGUCUGGGGUGGCUGUACCUGACCGGAUUGACCGAGGCCCCCGGCUCGGCCUCGCAGGCGGACUGGGACACGCUCCGCUGGCUGGGCCCGGCCAAGGCCCUCCUCCACCUGUGCGCCCACGCCAUCGGCAUCCACCUCUUCAUCAUGUCGGAGGUGCGCUCGCGGAGCACCUUCCUCAAGGUGGGCCAGGCCAUCAUGCACGGGAAGGACCUGGAGGUGGAGAAGGCGCUGAAGGAGCGCAUGAUCCACUCGGUGAUGCCUAGGAUCGUCGCCGACGACCUCAUGAAGCAAGGCGACGACGAGCUGGGCGACGGCUCGGUGAAGCGCUACUCCAGCAGCGGGGCCGCCGCCGCCAUCUCCAGCCCGAAGAGCAACAAGCGCAAGAAGACCUCCAUCCCCCGGGGGCACCUCAUCUUCAGGCCCUUCAACAUGAAGCGCAUGGAGCCCGUCAGCAUCCUCUUCGCCGACAUCGUGGGCUUCACCAAGAUGUCGGCCAACAAGUCGGCGCACGCGCUGGUGGGCCUCCUGAACGACCUGUUCGGACGCUUCGACCGGCUCUGCGAGCUGACGUGCUGCGAGAAGAUCAGCACGCUGGGCGACUGCUACUACUGCGUGGCGGGGUGCCCGGAGCCACGGCCGGAGCACGCCUACUGCUGCGUGGAGAUGGGCCUGGGCAUGAUCCAGGCCAUCGAGCAGUUCUGCCAGGAGAAGAAGGAGAUGGUGAACAUGCGCGUGGGCGUCCACACCGGUACCGUUCUGUGCGGGAUCCUGGGGAUGAAGCGGUUCAAGUUCGACGUGUGGUCCAACGACGUGAACCUCGCCAACCUGAUGGAGCAGCUGGGCGUGGCCGGGAAGGUGCACCUGUCGGAGGCCACCGCCAACUUCCUGGACGACCGCUACCUGCGCGAGGACGGCCGGGUGGUGGAGCGAGUGGGGCAGAGUGUCGUGUCGGACCAGCUCAAAGGUGGGUGCUGCUCAAUCCUCAGCUUAACGGAAUAUGUGAGAACAGGCUCAGACGGACUAUGGGAUUGUGCCGGGGGAACCGGCCUUUGUUGUGUUUUCUCCGCCUGUGUGAACCUCGGGGGCAGGACCCCUCGUCCCUCCCAUUACCCCCCUCUGCACCGUCCCCCGUGGGGGGCCCCCCCCGCCUCCGGCCCGCGGCCCCGGGCCCCCAACGGGCUGCUGGGCCCCCAGGGGGCGGAGCCGCUGACCACCAGCCAGACGUCGCUGUGCGAGAUGCUGCAGGAGAAGGAGAAGAAGGAGACCUGGUGUGUGGGCGGGGGGGCGGUGGGGGCCAUGGGGGCGGGCAUGGACCACGCCGCCCUCAUCCCACUGCGCUCCAAGAACUUCCGCCAGAGGAGCGACGCCCACUUUGUGGACGUCAUCAAAGAGGACAGCUUGAUGCAGGACUAUUUCUACAAGCCUCCCAUCAACAAGCUGAGUCACACCUUCCUUGACAAGAGCCUGGAAUCUGCCUACAGGUGCAGCUACCAGAAAGAGGUGGAGAGCCAGGCUGCCGUCCAGACCUUCACCAGCCCUACCUUCAGCUCCUUCCUGGACAUGCUGCUGUGCUGCUGGGUGUUCCUGGCCCUGUCCCUGGCCUGCUUCCUGCGGCCCCUGGUGUCCGGGCAGGGGCCCUCCGCCCUGCCGCUGGCCUCCACCGCCGUGCUGGCCCUCCUGGAGCUCCUGGCCCUGUUCAUGGCCGUACGCAUGGCGUUCUACCUGGACUGCGUGCUGAGCUGCACCCGGUACCUGAUGCGGACCGUGUCGUGCUGGUGGCCCCGUCACCUCAUCGGAGCCGUGCUGGUGUCCCUGCCCGCGCUGGCCGUCUUCGUCCACGUCACCUGCAACAUGCACCUGUCCAUCCAGUUCACCAUGUUCACCUGCUGCGCGGUCAUCAUCGCCAUCAUCCAGUACUGUAACUUCUGCCACCUCAGCUACUGGAUGCGCUCGGCCUUAGCCACCCUGGUGGGCUCGGCGCUCGUGGCGCUGCUGUUCGCCCCCCACUGCAGCGAUCCCAGCAGCCUCGUAUUUUGGUCAGACGACCCGUUCGACAACAGCAGCCGCAGCAGCAGCAGCAGCAACGCGUCCGCGGCUGUGACUGACGGCCGGCCCGAUCCGUUGCCCCGCCCCCAAGACCUGCUGGGCCCUGAGGCCUGCGUGGCCUUCUCCCUGCUGCUCCUCCUCGUCUGGUUCCUGAACCGCGAGUUCGAGGUGAGCUACCGCCUCCAUUACCACGGCAACGUGGAGGCGGACCAGCACCGCAUCAAGAUCCAGAACAUGAGGGACCAGGCCGACUGGCUGCUGCGCAACAUCAUCCCCAUCCACGUCGCCGAGCAACUCAAGGUCACCCAGAGCUACUCCAAGAACCACGACGACGUGGCCGUCAUCUUCGCCAGCAUCGUCAACUUCAGCGAGUUCUACGAGGAGAGCUACGAGGGCGGCAAGGAGUGCUACCGGGUCCUCAACGAGCUCAUCGGCGACUUCGACGAGCUGCUGCGCAAGCCCGCCUUCGGCAACAUCGAGAAGAUCAAAACCAUCGGCGCCUCCUACAUGGCGGCCUCGGGGCUGAACACGCAGCAGUGCGCCGACACGGCCCACCCGCAGGCCCACCUGCGGGCGCUGUUCGAGUUCGCCCUGGAGAUGAUGCGCGUGGUGGACGACUUCAACAAGAACAUGCUGGGCUUCGGCUUCAAGCUGCGCAUCGGCUUCAACCACGGCCCGCUGACGGCGGGGGUCAUCGGCACCACCAAGCUGCUGUACGACAUCUGGGGCGACACGGUGAACAUCGCCAGCCGCAUGGACACCACGGGCGUGGAGUGCCGCGUGCAGGUGAGCGAGGAGAGCUACUGCGUGCUCAGCGGCAUGGAGUACGACUUUGACUACCGCGGCACCGUCAACGUCAAGGGGAAGGGGCAGAUGAAGACCUUCCUGUACCCCAAGAGCAGCGAGAGCGGCCCCGUGCCGCAGUACCAGCUGUCGGUGUCGCCGGAGAUCCGGGCGCAGGUGGACGGCAGCAUCGGGCGCUCGCCCACGGAUGAGAUCGCCAGCAUGGUGACCGCGACGAGCCUGGCCGUGAACCCCGUCGCCGUCGGUGUUUCGGGCCUCGACGCCGGUCUGUACCCCGGCCUCGGAGCCAGCCACGGCCUUCCCAGCCACGGGAGAGAGGCGCCAGAGUACGCACCGAGGGCGGACGCCUCCCUUGCCAAGAGGGCCGUGCCCGCCCUGGCGACCCUGCCUGUCACAGCAAUAGGAGCCAAUAACCCGGAUCCCGUCAUCUCGUCCUUAGCUCAGCAAAGUAUACCGCAACCGUUGACGAAAGACACACAAUGAUGAGGAAAGGAUCAAAUGUGUAGAGGGUUGGGACAGUGACGUUAGACUGACUGCCAAACUUUACUUUUUUUUUUAUAUACAAUGGCACUUAUAUUCUUUGUCUUGGCCCUUUAAGCUCUUGAAGCUCUGAGUCGCUUGCUUGCGUUUGCACUGGUGGCCAAUGGGUCUUACCAUGGCUAGAAACAGAGCACACUUAGAGAGAAUCAAAGAGCUCACUCUGGGCUACAGCCAGUCAGGAAAACGCGAUGAGGGGGUGAAAGGUCAGGCAGAAAGGGCACACUGGUUAUCGGGAACAUCCAUGCAGGGGUUGAUUUGAAGGAUCUCAUUGCCUCUUACCAAACCUACUUGAUUGCUUUGAAUACCUUUAAUCUACAUUUAUGUUUUAACUUUUUGUAUUCCUUGUCUGUAAAGUGCCUUUAGAAUAGAACAAGCCUAUGUUGGUAGAGGGAUAGAUAGAAAGACGUUCACGUUGAAAAAAGGGUGUUUACAUUUAUUUGUCGGUUGUUGUGCGGCUUCAUUACAGUGUUAUUUCUCUGCCUUUUAACCAAUGAAGAAACACAUGGAUCAUAUGCAUAUUGGAAAUAUGGAUGUUACAAAAUGAUUACAAUGUGUGGGUACAACUUGCAUGUGAGACCUCCAUACAAUGUUUUAUGUUAUUUAACAGUGAAACCUUUGAUGGGGGAAAAAUGAAGUAUUUAGGAGGGUGAUCUGGCCUGUAUGUGUGUGUGUGUGUGUGUGUGUGUGUGUGUGUGUGUGUGUGUGUGUGUGUGUGUGUGUGUGUGUGUGUGUGUGUGUGUGUGUGUGUGUGUGUGUGUGUGUGGAUGUGUGCAUGCAUAUUCGUCUCUUGUGUACACGUAUUUGUGCGUUUUGUUCAAACCCUGGUCCAGGGCAUGAUGGGGUUAGACAUUAUACGAGACUUACAGUCUAAAGCGUGAAAUAGAAAAAAAAAGGAUGAUUGAAUCCUUGCUGGUUGUUGACUUUUCUGGCCUUUGUUACUUGCAUUACCUUAGUACUGGGCCGAAUGUCCUCUGUUAGAAUAAUGCUAGCAUGGUAUGGUAGAUGCAGUUCCAGGGGUGGGCCUGCUGCAGUCUGUGUAUUUACAUGUAGUCCACCGAAUUUUGGUUAACAUUGAGAGCACCCUAGAUUUAGAAGUAAGUUAGAUUAGAGCAGGCAAACUCUAGAUUUCCCUAUUUCGGUCUGUAUUUCCAUCUCUUGGAGCAGUGUGCUCAGAAGCAGGGCGUUGCAUUGAUUUGAAUACCACAUCUUCUUCUUGAAAUGUUUGCCACGUCCUGAAUGAGCACUUGACCGGUGUAGUUGUAUGUCAACCUAGUCAUAGCUUUCGAUUCGAUUUUAAGAUGCGAAUAUGGCUUUACAAAAGGUAGGUAGAGCAAUUUGAAUACCAGUUUGCGAAUUGUUUGCUAAGUACAAUAUAUGUGUAGAUAUAGUGCCUUUCAGCCUCCUCUGAAAACGUUUCAAUUUUCAACUGUUCUCUUCAUAACUAGUUUUCUGCUUGAAUUCCCAAGAUUGCAGAUCUUCAAGAGCUUAAGCCAACGUGAAAACUGGAAAAUAUUUCCCCUCUUUGUUGCAAAAAAACCCCCAUAACAUGAGCUAAUGCGCCUUUAACUUUGAACUGUGCCUUUUGUUUUUAAUACAGUUUGAAUCAAUCAUAGCAAACAUUAAAUGAAUGAAAUUACAUGCAAACAACUGCUUUAUUCCAAUGCACUAAAAUGGAGAAUAUUGAGAAGGAAUCACCUUUGUCCGGUAAAAUAAGGACCUGUGGUUUAGCGGUUCCAAGUGCAAUGAUCCAUUUGAAACGUCAUCCGAUUGGAUGGUAUGUCUCUCUUCACUCCUGAUCACAGAACCCAUGCAGUAUCUUAGAGUUGGAUGUUAACCUAAUCCCAUCAGUAUUGUAGAAAAGGGAAAUGCUCUAGUAGCGUGCCAUGCAGAAUACAAACGUGUUUAUUUCAGAUGUUUCUUCAAUAACCACUUUUUAUGAACUUUCAGGAUAUAAAUUGUUGUGUUUCCAUUGAUUAGGCUGGAUAACUUAUAUUCAAUAUAAAGCGUAAGAGAGGGAAAAAACGUUUUUUUUUUAAGGCCAACCUUUAAGAUAGAAACAAGCUCAAAAUGUUUACUAUUGAAAUUUCAUGAACUAUAUUCUGAAUUUGGUUUGAGAUGAAUGUGUGAACAAUAUUGUGACACACUAAGAAAUACUUUUAAGCCAAAGAAUGUAAUUGCUGUUUUAAAAAUGAUUUCUCUGCCUUUAAAAAUUCAGCCACUGAUUUAGUUGUGAAAGGUAAUCAGUUAAUUUUUAAGUAAAUAUUUCCGAGCAAUUCAUUUUGUAAAUUUACUUUAUAUUUUUCUAUAACCUCAUGUUCAGGCAUUUUCUUAUCAUUUAUACACAUGCAUUUGCUUGAUUUAUAAUGAAUUAAUGGGCACAAGGCUUUUAACAGAAUUAAAAUACUACUUUUACCCCCCUUAUAUGUGUUUGUAAAGUAGUGCGAGGGUUGAAUACAAGGAAGAUGAACACACAAACACGCACACAAUGCUUUCCGUGUCCCAUCUCGAAUAGGCUUUAACAACAUACAUCUUUUUUAAUGUAGUGUCUAGUUAUGAAUAUGUACUAUGAAACAAAAUAAGCUGAGCAUUAACUUCAUGUCUGUAGGCCCUCUAGUUAAGCCUAUAGUUGUGUAUAAAGGAAAUGUUUCUGUUAGUUCGACUUUUUGUAUGUAGCAUGCUUGGGAAGAGGCCUAUGCAGCUUAAAAUUCAAAUAAAGCCAGCUUUGAGGA